AUGGAUUUCAGCAGGCUGGAUACAAAGGGGUCCCAUCACAGGGACCGGCACUCAGUCGAGGGCGAUGACUACACCCGGGAUCGCAUACAGUCAGCAGAGACCGGGGUGGAUGGACAGAUCUACCCUCCACACAUCGCACUGCAGGCGGCGCUAUUCAAGGACAUGCUAGCGAUGCACAUAGUGUACAGCGUGUGCGGAGAGACGAUCAAAGCGGAGUUCCUCACUUCACUCAAGUCUCUGUACCUCCUUGCCAUCAGCGGGUUUGUGCGCGGGCCGGCCUACUACCACAUCCACGUGCUCUCAGAUGGGGCGGUCGCGAAAGAAGAUCUGUCAUUCCUGCGCCCGCUGUCAAACUUCAAGGCAUCCGUGCACCCCACGUUCCCAAACGCCACGAUGCUGUUCAAGACCUGCUCCACUGAGCGCAUCUAUCUGCACCAGCACAAAGACUUCCAGGAUCUCGACAAGGUCAUCUACGUUGACACAGACACGCUGUGGCUGGAUGAUCCAGUCUGGUGGUGGACGCACUUUGCCCACAUGAAGACAAAGCAUGCAGCCUUUGGCAUGGCAGAGGAAUCCAACAGCGGCGGCAGCUGGUACACCAAUGCACAAAUCCCACACCACGGCGCACGCGGACUAAAUGCCGGGGUGUUGAUGGCUUCACUGGCGACGGUUCGUGCGUCAAACUUCACGGCUGAACGUGAGGCAAUCAUUGCGCACUACUUGCCAUUGGGCCAUCUACCCCUUGGGGACCAAGACAUCCUCAACAUCUACGGUCACAACCACCCCGAGCAAUUCUAUGCCAUGCCAUGCAUGUUCAACUUCAGGUAA